AAUUCACGGAGGAACACAUCGGUGGUUUCUUCUCAAAUCUCCCAAAGUUUUUUCAGCAAAGGUUUCGAUUUGUUUAUUUGUUUGAAGAAGAAGAUGCCAUUGGAGGAUGCGAAAGCUUUGAAGAAAGAGGAAGCUGAGGAUGACAAUAAGAGCUUGAGUUCCCUAGUGAAGAAGAAAGCCACGAACGCCAACAAUGCUGUUUCGAAGAAAUUGAAGAGAGAAGAGAAGGAAGACGAUGAUGAUGACAAACCCAUCAGGUCAUCUUCUUCUGGAUCUCGUUCAAAGCCAGUGGCGAAAAAGGAGAUGAUUGAUGAAGACGAUGAUGAUGACAAACCCAUUAGGUCAUCUUCUUCUGGAUCUCGUUCAAAACCAGUGAAGAAAAAGGAGGGGAUUGAUGAAGACGAUGAGAAGAAGCCUGUUUCUAUGAGAAAUUCAUCUGCUGGUGUCUCAAAGGAGAAGAAGAAAACAGAGAAAGAAGAAGAAACAAAGAAAAAGAGAGAAAGGAAAGUAUAUGAUUUGCCUGGUCAGAAGAGACCCCAACCUGAGGAGAGAGAUCCACUUAGGAUUUUCUACGAGUCACUUUACAAGCAAAUUCCCACCAGCGACAUGGCUCAGAUUUGGUUGAUGGAGUCUGGUUUGCUUCCAGCUGAAAAAGCAAAGAAAGUUCUUGAGAAAAAACUGCAAAAGGCUGGAAAGUUCAGUUCUCCAACAAAAUCUGCAGCUUCUACUCCAAGAAGCAACUCCAAAUCAGUGCCCGUGAAGAAGAAGGAAGCAAAAAAAUCUCCUUCUGAAGCUUUGUCAGACAAAAAGAAGGGAAAUGAUCCGAAACCAACCACGAAGAAGAGGAAGAAGACCUCUGAUGAUAACAGUGAUGAUGGCUCAGAUGAUGAUUUUUUGGCCAGCAGAGUCUCUAAAAAACUUAAAGCCAAGUAGUUGGAAUUCUAAGACUGAAUUUGUAAUCGUUUUUCAGUGACUCAAUUUGUAGAAUUCUUAAAGGGGAAUUCAUUAAGAGUAAUGGAAGAAGAGUUGGCAGAUUGUUUCUGAUCUUA